CGGAAGAGGGAUCAAUACAGACAGUAAUAUGGUAUGUGCGCAUGAUAUGUAGUGGCAGGAAGUGAUGUUCAUGUGAAGCUUGGUGGGAAGCAGAGGUAAAAGCACACACACACACAUUACACACACACUAACGCACGGACUGUACGGGAUGCCCUCGUGACUGCAGGGUGGAAAGAAGCGGAGGAGGAGGAGGAGCAGGAUGAAGAUGGGGUCUAGGUGGACCGACGCAAAAGCUCGGAGAUGAAGUUGUCAGUGAUUAUUUUUUUCCAUCCGACACGCGAUCAUCUGGCUACCAACCUGGCGACUAUUUCUAAAGCAGCUAAAAAAUCUACGAUCAGAUAUUUUUCUUCAUUCCCAAGUCGCCAUAAUUAGCCUCUGCUUCCCGGACGGACCGAUGUCAUCUUCUGAUUCUUUUGCUGUCUUUUUCCUCUGCCAGGAUGAGGAUCUGUAAGUCCGCCAGGUAGGGGAGCGCACAUGUUGAGACGUCUUUCCUCAUGCCCGGGCGCACGUAUGUCACCACUGCUUCAGGAAGCGCAAAACAGCGAUCUACCGUUGGACGUUUUCUUUGGGACGGUUUGAGAACCUGCGGCCUGCUCGGGGCCCCGGUUUAUACCGCAAUGCCACACGGGCCGAAAGGAGGGAGAGGUGGAGGAGAGCCGGCGGGGAGCAGGAGGAGGAGGUAUCCGCAAACAGCAAAUGAUUUAAAAAAAGUGAGGAUUUAAAACGAGCUCAGUGUUUUACUCGGACUGAACAGGAAAGUGGCACAAGCUGUACUUUGUGUGCUGCAUGGGCUGAGAGGACUGCAUCGGCUCUAACGGUCUCAGCAGCAGCAUCAGGGCACAAACGGUCAGGGGAGUGAGUGCUGUGAUUGUGCAGGGGGCUGCUCGAUUCUCAGCUUACUGCUGACCAAGUUCUUGGACUCCCUUGACCAAACUGGAGUUGCACCUUUGGGCAUUAGGAACCAUAGCGCCUGCCAGGGGACAGUUUAGGGAAUGAAUUGUAUUGCCACAUUCACAUUUGUUCCUCCUCUGUUCUGCUUUUCUGUGUUUCUGACCACACCAGUUGUUAUAUGAACUCAUUGCAAAAGUAAACAUCUCCCACCCUCCUCACACACACACAUAUAGACAAGCCGACCAUGCCCUCACCUUCAGACUCCAGCAGCGUGGCUUCAGCCUCUGGAUCUCGCGGCUGGUCGGACAGCCGCAGAGGCAUGUCUGGCAGGGGCCCCGGUGGAGCCCGGCUGCUCCUCUACCUGGGUUUGUGCCACCUGGGGCUAGGAGCCAUGGUCUUGGCCUUCUCCUUCACCAGCAUGGCUUUCACCUCAUCUGCACGAGUGAGGCAGUCCUGUCCAUUCUGGGCUGGCUUCUUUGUGGUGGCAUCAGGGAUAGUGGGAAUAAUCUCAUGGAGGAGACCUCUGACACUGGUGGUGUCACUGUUCAUGCUGCUGUCUGCAGUGUGUGUGAUCCUCAGCCUGGCUGGCUCAAUGCUCUCCUGUCAGAAUGCACAGAUGGUCAAGUCUAUGCUCACCUGCCAGGUGAAGAAUGGUCUGUGUGUGUGUUGUGCACCCACUCAACCCUGCUCCAUGGAGGAUGAGGAUACACUAGUUUUAUCCCUGAAUGCUGACUGUCACUCAGUCAGACGUCAGUUAAAGGAUCUCCUGUUUAGUGCAUGUGGUCUCAGCAUUCUCUCCACCAUCAUUUGUACACUGUCCACUGUGACUUGCAGUAUCCACAUAUUCUCCCUGGACCUCGUGCACCUGCUUGCCCCUCAUCGCUCCCGGUCCGUCAACCCAGAAUGCACCACUCCGCAGGACGCCUUCCUGACCAACAUCAUGGACUUUGAGGAGUUUGUCCCCCCUAUCCCUCCACCCCCCUACUAUCCCCCUGAAUACACCUGCAGCUCCGAGACCGAUGCUCAGAGCAUUACCUAUAAUGGCUCCAUGGAGAGUCCUGUUCCUUUGUACCCUACUGACUGCCCCCCUCCUUAUGAAGCUGUGAUGGGCCAGAGAGCUGCCAGCCAGGCAACAGUGUUUGAUGCCCAUGGUACUGAGCUGUCUGGAGAGAGAGGGACUUCUACAGCAUUCAGCGGAGAAGUGUCUAUGGACAGUGGAUCUCUGUUAAUGUCAGAGAUUGUGGACAUCCCUGAUGAUUCCUCCCCUUCUGAGGACUCCUGUUUGAUGGAGGUUGGGAUAAGGAACCAUGGGGGCAACAGGACAUGUGCUGAGAGGGGGGACACCAUCUUCCGUGGUCCGCAGUCUCAGACGCCAGAGAGUCCGCUGGCAGGAAGACCGAGGACCAGACAGUUCCUGAGAGGGGAAAGGUCUAAUUCCUGCUCCUCACCUAGCACAGCCACCAACACAUACAGGUCUCCAGUGAUGCACCACCAGGUUGUGUUAGCUAGCAGCUGUUCCCAGCUGGAAGCAAUAGGAAACUCCCCAAAUCAACAGCAUCGUCUCAUCCCAGAGAUUCAGGUGAACCUCACCAACCCCUCAAACCAAGAAGCUGCCCCGGCCUCAUCUGUUUCCCCCCCAUCGUCUUCCUCAGCAGCCAGUAAGCACGGGAACGGACUGCUCCCUCCUCAUGGGGCCCUGUACCUUCGACGAAGAGCUGAGAGAAGUGACAAACAUGCAGGGACUGUUAGAAGACAGAGAGAAGGCUUUUUACGCCUUGUGAGGUCGCACAGUGAGCCAGGCCUAGGCUCUUCAACAGACACAGUUGACUUUGGAUCUGGAGGCAGCAAAGCAUCUACAGACACAGCUCCAUCUUCCGAAGCGUGUUUGUUGCCUCGCUCUUCUAUGGCUCCUGCUGCAGCUCUGCCAAGUAAAGGCAACAUCAAGACAGCAGCAAUAGGGGUGCAAAUCCCCCCUAAACCUGCACCCACCUCACCUAUACGUAUACCUAAAGACUGCCACCGCUCUCUAGGAGACCUGAAGGUUACCCGAGUUCUGGUGGCUCGAUUCCUGCAGCGCUCCAAACGUAACCUGGCGCCGUCCUCUGAACAUGCUGGGAGCACAGGACAGGGGCCUAAGAGGAGAAGUGGAGUUGAGAUGACUGGCCCUGACCACCUGCCUUCUGAGCAAGUAUCGCGGACCCCUUGGAACACCAGUCGCGGACACCUCAAUGCUCACUCCCAUCACCCUCAUCGCCACGGACAUCAUCAUUCCCACAGCGACAGCAGACACAACCGGCACCAUAGCAGCCGUGUGCCAGAGGGUAUCCACCUUCGCAGCUGUGGAGAUCUGAGCUCCUCUACUUUGUCGUUACGUCGAUUAAUGACGCCUCAUCCGCCACAUGGGUCAUCUGGAGCUCUCUAUUCAGAGUCUGCACUGUGACAAGUAAAGGAGGGCGAAGGAAGAGAAAGGGAUGACAAGAUGGCAGGAUUUUGGCAUUAGUGAAAACAUUCAGAGUUUAUUUUUCAAAUGUCUUCCCAUCUUUUUUCUCUUCGUCGCCUCCAUUUCCAGAGGUCAGCUGUACAAACGACCUCAUUCAGUGGGGCUCCUGAUUGACUGAACAUCAGUGUAGAGCUCCAGCUUACUUCACCAACAUGGACAAAAAUAAUCAAAAGAGAAUGACCACUUACAGUACAACUGCAUUUACAAAAUUUAUGGGUUACAAUAUGUUUCUCAUCUUUUUUCUAAAUCGCUGUUAGUUCAAUUCAUCGCUCAGGUGAACAGAUUGAGGAAAUCCUUAUUUUGUCUUCCAUGUAUAUUAAAAGAAAUACAACCAAAAGCAAAGUUAGCUGAACACAGUGCGUUGCAAAAAUAUUCAUACCCCCGGACCCCAAAGAUUUUUUUUUUUUUCACAAAACAUCUGAUAAGUGUAGCGUGGUAAUCAGUUUCCUUAAGUCAGCACUUUGUGGGACCACCUUUUAUUGAAAUUGUAGCUUCCCAUUGAGCUUUGCAAAAUAGUCCAAGCUCAGUCAAAUUGGAUGGGGAGCAUCUGUGAACAGCUGUCAAGCCUUGCCACAGAAUCUGAUUUGGAUUUAGGGCUGGACUUUGACCGGGCCAUUCUAAAACAAGGUUAUGCUUUUAACCUAAACCGAUUAUUAUACAAUUAUAUUGUAUAUCUGGCUGUAUAUUUAGGUCAGUGUCCUGCUGGAAGGUGAAGCUCUGCCCCAGUUUGAAGUCUUUUGCAGCCUCUAGCAGGUGUCCUAAUUCACCUUCCGUUCAAGUCUGACCAACCCCCUCCCCAACAGCAUCUUCAUGAUGCUGUUUGUUCACUAAUGUUUCAUAACAAAUCUUUGAGACCUUCAUGGGCCAAAUGUAUUUAUACUAGGGCUGUAUGAUAUUAGGAGAACAUGCAAUGUAUGAUCAUGUUUACUGAUUGUGGAUAAACACACAAAUAGCUAAUUCAUUGCAACCGAAGACUAGGGAUAGGGGGUAUCCUAUUCAGCUACAGAAAAAAAACUUUAAAUGCUUUUACUGAAAAAGCCACAUUCUUUGGCAAAAAACAAGUACAGAAGUAGUUUCUUAGUGACUUUACCAGAACAUCUUAAUGCCCUCCUAAAACAUUUUCUGCUGCUCUGCACUACAGACAACACCAAAAAUAAUUCCUGGCAUAGCCUGAAUGCAUGGUACUUAUAGAUUCAGCUAAUAUCUUCUGCAGCCCAAACAGUUCUUUCCAAAAUUGAUAUUGUGAACAGUGAUAUUGUUAUAAUGAUACAUUUAUAAUGUAUUGUGCAGCUCUAAUUAUUACUGAGAUUUAAAUAAACCAAGAUUAAUUAAUUUAGCACUAAUCAAAUGACCCCCUGAACGCAAUAAGUGGAAAUGAAUUUUAUUUAGGGACAUCAGAAUAAAAGGGGUUGAAUACAAGUGUACAACACAUUUUUCAAAUUUUUAGAAAAGAAAGUUUGUAAACCAUGUAUCAUUUUAUCAUGCACUAUUUAGUGUUGUUUUUUUUUUUUUUUUACAUAAAAUCCCAACAAAAUACAUACUAAGUUUGCAUUGUAACAUAACCGAAGGUGAAAGAUUUCAAGGGGUGUGAAUACUUUUGUAAGCCUCUGUAUAAGAACAGCAGCACCAAGUCAGCUGAAUAUUUUGCAGGAUGCACCAAUGAGGUUGCACAUGUAGAAAAACUCACAUUGAAUACAAAGUCACAUAGAAGCUCCUCAAUCAACUGUAUUUUCCUCUUUUUUUGUUUCAAUUUAUUUUUCACCAACUUGGCGGCACUCUCCGGAACAAAGCAGCUAGCGUUCCUCAUGGUGACGCCAAUGCCCACCGCAGACACGACUCCAGCGGUUGAAAUGUAUCCCCUACGUGUGACCACUGCACACCAAAAUGUUCAUGUUAUUGCUACAGGUGCAGCACAGCGGGAACCUUGUGCAUUUGAUUCUGCCUGUCCGUGUAACUAAGUAACAAGUGCUCCGAAUGUCUUUAUCUGCAUGUUUGCUUCUUUCUUCUGUUUCCCCUCUUGCACACAGAUCAUGCGAUGCAACCACUUGAAACAUUAGUUGAGGUCAGGUACAAAGUAUCCUGCCAGGUGGUUCCACGCUCACCUCUGGGUCUGUAUUUGUGAAAGAACAUCAGAGACCUUUGGCUACAAGAGGAUGAUCUUUGUAAGAUAACAUGUGUCAACUGCUUUGAGAUGCUCUUGCAGUAAACUUAUCAUGUGGUUUGGUGGUUGUUUAAAGGUAAUUAAAUGAAGAAAAAAAAACUUAUAGAAGUCCAUUAGCACAUUUAUAUCAACUGGAGUUUUAAGGGAGCUUUGCUAUGUGGUUACACUAAUAUCACUGAAGGCACAUUUUGGAAACACACAUGUAUGUACAUACUUUUCAACAUUUACACUCAUACACCUGUAAACACAACAGCACUGACAUUAAGAAAGGCACUGAGAUUUGUUUCUACGUCCUGUCUUGCAUUACAUUUUAUUCAUUUGAAAAAAGAAAACGUGUGUUGCAGGCCCAGCUGGAUAAAGCCUUUCACCCUGAAUGAUCAAUGUACUCUAAAUAGGACACUUAUUUGAAAUUUUAAAUGCAGUGUUGACAGUAAAACUUUCAAUGCAAGUUAUGUACUUAAAUAUAUGAAAUAAAUAAAUUAAAAGGA